CCGAGUUUUGGCGUUAUUAGUGUGUGCAUUGUAGUGUGUGUGGAGUGUGUGUGUGUGUAUGUGUGUGUAGUUAUAUAUGUGUGUGUGUUUGUGUGUGUGUGUGAAUGUGUGUCUGUGUGUUGGAGCUGAUCAGCUGCCCUCCAUGUAUUGCAGAGAGAAGUUUUACUGCAGAACUAUCGGGCUGCUCAAGUAGGAACAGACUAUGUCGGCAAAUAAAACAAAGAAAGUCAAAAUGGCUACUAAAUCAUGUCCUGAAUGCGACCAACAGAUUCCAGUGGCUUGCAAGUCUUGCCCUUGUGGUUAUGUGUUUAUUAGCAGAAAGCUUCUCAAUGCCAAGUUAAACGAGAGGACAUCUCCAGCAUUAGCAGACAAGCUGGACUCAAAACGGAGGAGGACGGAGCGCAUUCGUCGAGACCGGAUCGACUCUCCUUUAACCAAUGACAUGGAGAACAGGAGGAGAUCCCGGUCCAACAGCCAAUCAGAUCCCAUCCGCAGAGGGCGGGGCAGACCUAAAACAGUGGGGCUGAAGAAACAGGAAGAGGAGAAAGAGAAACAAGAAAAAGAAAUAGACAUCUAUGCCAAUCUGUCUGAUGAGAAGGCCUUUGUGUUUUCUGUGGCUCUGGCUGAGAUCAACCGCAAGAUCCUGGGUCAAAGGCUUAUCUUAUAGAUCAAAGCCUCAAUUCCUGGGACACAACAGACAGAGGACUACAGAGGACGGAUUGUGGUUAAAGCUAUCAAUCGGCAAGAGGAUGACCAAAGAGGGCGGGGUUGAACUUUGACUUGGAUGUGCGUGGAUGUGGAAAAGCGGAUGGAGCCCGGAAGAAUCGCCAGAGCUAGAGACUGACGUCAAGGGUGUAGUCAUCGAUUUGGAACAACUGCAGUUCCUAAAUUCCAGCUCUACAUCCUUUUUUUUCCGCCCUUGAAGUAUGCACUCACCACAGACAUGCAUACCUUUUUUAUGACUAAAAUCAUAAACAUGGCCUGUGUGCUGUAAGAUAAACAGUGACAGCGAUGUAGCCAGGGAAAGAGGCAAUAAUGCUAUUUCCUAUCAAUUCUCUACCUGAAUAGGCUAUAUAUAAAUUAACACCCUCUUUGAAUGUUUUCAGAGAGAUGAAAAGAAACCCACCCAUUUUUAAAUCACAGAGAGUUUGAAGCAGGACCCACCAAAACUCUUAUUUCAAGAAACAUUUGUUAUAUAUGAAAUAGGUUAAGUGGGCUACCCAGUAAAUAUCUUAAUUCAGCUCAGCUCCAUUGAUAGUGGAAGAUCUGACAUGCUUUUUGUGGCAGAUUUUUUUUUUUAAUUAACUGAAAAUGAUGUAACCAACCUCUUUUACUCAUUGGACUGAAGCCUAUCACAUAACUAGUAAUUAUUGGACUGUCAGAUAUGGAUUAAAAAAAAGACAUUUAUCCCAUUAUGUGGUAUAGAUUAUCUUGUUUAAGUGUUAAAACCUAUAGUGUAAAAUGCAAUAAAGUUGUGGGCUGUGGGAUGUUGGCAUUAUCAUUGACUUCUGUAAUGCACAGUGAAUAGUUGGACCAUCCCUCCUGUAGGACACGGGUUCAAACCCCUGCUCUGCUUAAGUGUCUUUGAGCCAAACUCAAUCCAGCUUGUCAGGGAAACUUCCUGUCCAUGAGAUUUUUUUCUUUGGGGAUUAAUAAAGUAUUCUGUUAUUAUUAUUGAAUACCAUAAUGAAUUCAUAUUCCUAUAACUUAACAUUAUAUUAGUGUUUCCUAUGUAUUUUUUUUUCGCAGUUGUGCUUCUUGUUUUGUCCCAUAUGUCUCUUUGAAUAUCAGUUUUUGAAAUCAUGUACUCAUUCCUUUUAAAACAAUUGGACUGCACUUAAUUUAGUUUUAGAUAAUAGUGAGACUAAAUCACAAUAAUUUUAAUUUCACAUUUUCUCUAGCAGGUUGUAAUAUUGUUGCUGUGGUGGCCAGCCACUGCUAAAUGAAUACAGAGGCAACAGUACUA